AUGUUUGAGUCAAAAACGACGAUAAUUGACGGUAAUCAAAGAACCGACGUAUCAAAUAGAAAAGAACCUGGUUUAUUUUGUGGAGAAAUUGAACAACCGCAAACUUUUAUAUCGGAAACUUCGUUUGUUAAACUUGUUUUCUACACGGAUAAUUUUACAGACCAAACAUAUUUUAGUUUCGAUACGAGAGCAGAACAACCCUACGAAGUUUACCUGCGAUACGGUCAACAUCCAGAGCUUUAUCCAAACAGAAGAGGAAAAGUUGAUUCAUCCGGAGGAAGUUAUUGUGAAAGAAGUUUUGAAGAUUGUAAAUUACAAACGUGUUACGUUCAAUCUCCAGCUUAUCCUGGAAUUUAUCCUAGAAAUUUGCAUUGUAAAUACCAUUUGAACACCAGGCUGCCUUUUAUUAAACUUUACAUUGAAAAUGAAGAAUUUAAUAUUGACGGUCAAAGGUGUGAAAACAUAAUGACCUGCCCAAUGAGAUCCAUUUCUUCAGGUUCGCAACAUUGUCCAUAUGAUUACAUAAAAAUAUUUGAUGGAACAAACGAAUCGAGUCCGGUCAUAGGUACUUUUUGCGGUAUGGGUAAAUUUCCUUAUUCAAUUAUCGGAACUGGAAGAGAUUUAUUUGUUGAAUUUGUUAGUUCUCCAGCUGGUCCAUUACUUAAUACAGGAUUUCAUUUUAACGUUGGUAAUUGGCCCGGACACGUUGAAACAGCUGGUUAUAAAAAUGGCACGUGUAAUUGGAUAUUAACAAGCGAAGCGUUAACACAAUCAAGGGAUUCUGAGGGUAUAUUUUUAUCGGUGGCACAUUGGUAUCCUCCACACACGUCAUGCACUUAUCUCAUGUUGGGACAAAAAAAUCAAAUCGUACGAUUGUAUUUUCCAAGUUUUAGAAUAAAUAGAAUUGAAUCUCCGAUAUCACCGAUCGAAGGAGAUUGCGGAGAAUCAUUAACUCUUUACGAUUCUUCUUGGCCUGAUGAUUCUAAAAUAAUAAAAACAUUUUGUGACACGUUUUCAAGAGCAAUGGAAAAACAUGAUUUCGUUUCAACCGGAAACGCAUUAUUCGUACGUUUCGAAAGUAAAACUGGAAGUUAUUCAGGGUCAUCUUUAUAUUAUUGGGCACAUUAUGAUUUUUUUAAUAAUACGUCAUCUGGAGAAAGAGUACCGAAUACAGCUUGCGACGAAGUUUUUCCAAGUUGGAAACAUCCAAAAGGUAUUUUAAGAUCACCGUAUAACACUUUGGUUUAUAAAAGACAAGGAAACGCAAAUCAAGACAUAACAUGCCUCUAUAGAUUUAUAACAGAUAAAAGACUGUAUGCCCGCAUUGUCCUAACAGUUGAAUCAAUCAACUUUAAAGAUCAUCCGUAUAAUACUCCUUGCACGGAAUGUUGGGAAGAACGUUUGGAUAAAUUACUGAUUUGGGAACCUCAAAAUAAUACAUCAGUUUUUCAUACGCCCGGAGCAUCGUGUCUUUGCAAAAAUAGUAAAAGUGUGAAAACGAUCAUUUCAAAAGGUGAAAAUUUAAAUAUGCAGUUAAUUGUUGAAGGAACUCAUGCAGCGAGUAGUUAUUUUAAACAUUCCACGCCAUUAUUUGAAGCGAGAUACGAAUUCGUACACGGGCCUUUAUGUGGGCCUUCAAUACUUUUGCCGGCAACAGAUGGUGAACUUCAUUUCCCUCAUUACGAAGCUCUUGGUUUUGUUGAACCUCCCCGCUACCUCAGAUGCCUGUGGGAAAUUAGAGUUAAUGAGAACAGAGAUAUUUGGCUUCACUUUGAUAAAUUCAUGUUUACAUCCAGAAACUGUGACGAUGGAAAAUUAAGAGUUUAUUUACCCAGUAAAGUGGAACCGAUUUUAACCGUUUGCGGAGAAAAUGUUAGCGCACUUAAAGAUAUGCCCAUAUUGACAUCGAUGCAAUUAAGUCAAGGUUUAUCAGAAUUCGAUCAUAGAGCUGUUUUUGUCGAAUUUGAAGGCACUGGAACUCCAGCAAGAGCGGCAUUUAAAAUUGCUUGGACCGAAUUAUUUCACGUUGAUAGAAAUUCAGCGGGUUUGUUAACUUCCCGUCUCACUAAACUCGAGGAAACUACAGAUGACGGUUGCGAGUUUCCCUGUCCCGGAGAUUCUGGAUUAUGUAUUCCGAUUCGACUUGUUUGCAACGGUGUAGCAAAUUGUCCUAACAUAACAGGAGGUCCGAGCGGCGACGAACAUCCUGAAUUAUGCAUAAGCACAGAAACAGAAAAUGAUAGUUGGUUAGCUGUAGGAUUAGGAGCUGCAGGAGGUGUUUGUUUUGCAAUUAUUUGCUUUGCAUUAUUGUGCCGCUCUUUAUGUCGUAAAAGAUCUACGGAAGACAUUCACGUGCCUUAUUAA